GAUGAAUUACAGUGUACCGGCGUUAAGCAAGCAGUGGAUGUAUGUUUCUGUGAAAUUGAACUACAACACUUGACCCACAGCUCCAUCAAGAAGGAAUUUCAUAUGUAUUUGCCAGCAUCAUUCGGGGACAUAAAUGCAUUCCGCUUCCAGUCAGGUGUUAGUAUACCCUUCAGAGGUAACUUGUCCGCCUCCGUGAUGUAUAUUAAGUCCGAUCAAUCCCGCCACUUAGAACUAUUACUUCCUGAGGAUCAUUUGGCAUACGCCUACAGUUUAGGGCAACUCGGCUUGGGUUUUCCCAACUAUGAUUACCAAAUGAACUACGACGAUAGCUAUCAGUCUGUACACUCACCAACACCGGAUGAUCAAACUUACUCAAUCGAAGAUAUACCUCAACCACCCCACGUCGGAUUUAUAAAUAAAAUUGAGAAUAUGGGCGUCAUUCCCUCCGGCGUCCAGUUCAAAAAGGAGAUCGUAAUCAAGAAUAACUCGCAAACGGCUCAGAAAUGGAGAGUCCUGGAGAUGAUUCGUGACAGCUGCAACAACGAAGUGGUAGUUAACUGCAAGACCAAUUUCAAACCCACCAGUGGAGUUUUGGGUGUUGCCUGUAGUGGUAAAUUAGUGUACAAGGUUAGGGAUGUUAAGCCGCAUCAGUGGUCGUCUUUGUUGCUCCUUCAAACGCGAGUUAAGAAGAAGUGGGUCACCAAGUCGCAGUGUAUUUUGGUGUACGAAAGUAUCGUGCUCAACGUAAAGUUUAAAACGUCGCAUCCAUCUUUGCCGAUUUUAUGUCCGUUGGAAUUUGCUUACAAAGACGUGAUGGCAACGCAUGAAAUUGCAUUGGUGAACAAGAGCCCGUUGAUGGGGACAUUCGAAUUUCUAACACCGCAAGGCAAAGAUGCUGACAAAGUUCUGUUGGAGUUUGACCCACCUUCGGGCGUACUCGGCAAAAAUACCCAAGUUAAGAUCAACGUAAAGGUUACUCCCAAAGAAGUGGGUGUUUUGGAUGAAAUACAGGUGCCUUGUUUCGUGGGUAUGGAUCAAAAACCUUUGAUUUUAAGAAUUGUUCUUAUCGUUGACACGAUUCACGUCUACUUCUUUUUGCCUAAACAAGACAUGUUCGAUAGAAUUAGAUGGCCCAAAAUACAGGAACUGGAUCUUUAUGAGUGUAUUUGUAACUCUGAAUGGUUCACUGGGGAUGAAUAUUUCCAACCAUUGAGUCAAUUAACUUCAAGCCAAUCCUUAGACAAGUCUGAGCCUACUUUCAGAGAAUCAGAAUUAAAAAUGGCUUAUUUAAGAAUACUUAAAGGCACAGAUGAACACAAAUCGGUGGAGUUUACUGAAUCUGAAGACUCUUUAUACGUACAACCUGUUUUGGAGCUCGACUUCAAACGAGAGUUUGGGGAUGAAAUAAUCCUUCAAGAGAACGUCGUGGAAGUUUUAGCCGUCCCUCUUAAAAUUCCUACCAAGUUUUCGUUUUACAUAGAAAACUUGACACCUUUAACUACUACAGUGUCCUUCUCAACAACAAACUUUCAACCCAUAAACGACAACUUCCAAAACCCUUUAAACCAACUUCUGACCUCCAUGAAAAUGAAAGAUACAAUUAAGUUGUGGAACUCGAGUAUGCAAAAGGAAUUCGGAAUAUUAAUCGCUCCGAUGGAUGAUAAAUUACAACUUACACCGUUCGCUGUUACUCAGGUGACGUUCUGGAUAUACGCCAACACUUAUGGCUGUUACAUGGAAGAAAUCGCGGUGCAUUUGGAGGAGGUUCCGUCGUUUUGUUUCAGUUUGUUGGUGGAAAUUUCUGGCCCACCAAUAGAAUUUCCUUUUGCCCUCAAUGCCAUCACACCAGUUCCAAUUAUAAGAUUUGGACAUGUUGCUUAUGAAAAUGAUCCGAUUAAACGUAAAUUAAAAAUUAAUAAUACCAGUGAGGUGCCAGUGAAACUUAGUUUACACUUCUUUGAAUAUCAUCCUGAGGUACAACAACCGUUUAACGUGGUGUUAGCAAUGACAGAUGAACAGCCGACCCUCGAAGACACAAAACUCAUUAUUUCGAAUAAAUACUAUGGCCAAGAAACAUCCCAGCACUUAGAAUUGUCUCCAAGAGAUCUACAAAUAGAACCGCAUUCUUUCAUAGACGUAACCCUGACUCUAUUCCCAGAUAAAUUUAAGACGAAAAGGGAACAAACUGAUUUUAAUUGUAACAUUAUAUUUUACGCCUUUUUGAAUGAAGAGGACAGGAUCAAAAAGAAUAUGUUCUUCAGAAGAACUGGAAAAGAUUUACGAACUAUUAAAAUUGAAGUCAAGGCUACGAUAGAGUUGCCCAUAUUAAAAUUGGACCACAUAGAAGGGGACACAUUUAUAGAAGCAUACACCAACGAUUUGAUAUCUAAGAAGGUGUCCCAUAUUCAAGUCAGAUUAUUAUUUCGCAACGAAAACCAUUCGCCAAUUUUUGCUAUGUUUCAUGUCGAGCUUCCGUUUGAGAUCGAUUUCUUGAAAACCUCAGACGGAAUUGAGGAUACCCAACAAAUCUGCGUCAACCCUAACAAGACUUUAGAAGUCAUGUUAAAAAUAGAUGUCACUCAAGAAUAUUUAUUUUACAUAUCAAAUCUUUUGUAUAGGAAUGUUACAGAAAUUGAUUUGAUUGAUAUGACCCAUAAUAUUUUGACCAUACCGAGAUACUUGAACAUUCAUCAACGUGGCAUUUCUCAACAAUAUAUUCCACUAGAACUGCGUUUGCAUUAUCCAAAAAUAGAAGUGGAACCAACUGCGUUGAAGUUCGAUAGUGUGCUUUUAAAUCACACCAAGAAACUGCUGUUAGUAAUUAAGAAUCUGACUGCUGCAGAGGUUCCAUUCGAAAUCUACAAAACAUGCAUGAACAAUGUCAUAAGAUGUGCACCAAAUCAUGGUGUUAUUAAAAAAUCGACAGGAGUGAAUCAUUCAUUUAUGAAUGUGUUUGUCUAUUUUACACCAGACACUACACAACCAAUUUCGGAAUGUAUACGCAUUGUCACAAACAUCCCAGAAUAUUUUAUAGACGUGGCAAUUAAAGGGGUAGGUAUGUAUAAUGAAAAGUUUUAUAUACAUUAUAAAUUAUAAAUAUAAAUAUGUACAUUU